AUGUUUUCUUUCCUUUUUGCUUCAGCAGUUUCGUAUUCUGCACACGUCAAACAUCUCAAUGCUCCUGGAUUUAGAGACUUCGUCGUGAAUAGAAAGGGAUCUGAAAUCUGGGUUGUUCUUUUUAUUGGAAGAUACGCUAAUCAAGCGACGAUUGACGAAACAAAUUUUGUAGCUUUAGAAGAAAUCGAGAAAGCUGCAAAUCAGUCAUAUAAAUUCUGCAACUACGCUUAUGUAAAUGUAACUCAAGAUCCAUUCGUCGCUGUACGUCAUCAAGUAACAUAUGUACCAUGCAUACAAAUAUACUAUCAAGGAGGUGUUGAAGAAUAUCGUGGAAAUCAUAAAGCAGAAUCAUAUUUAGAAGCAAUUAGCAACAGAAUGCCAAAUUUAGUCCGUAAUUUUGAUAAGAAAUGGACAGAUGACAGUGUUCCAUCAAUUGUAUUAUUUACAGAUCAAACAAAGAGCCCAACUCUCUGGUCCGCGUUAUCUAUUGAAUACAAAGAUGCAUUUGUAAGAUUUGGCAUCUGCUCCGACUUUUACUUGCAUAGACAGUUCAAUAUUGCACGUUUACCGACAGUUAUGUUCUUUAAUUCGACUACUCAAUACAGAUAUCGAGGAGAACUAACAGAAGACCUCCUCAAGACAUCAAUUGAUCAAUUCCUUAAUGGAAUAAUUGAUAAGGAAUCGGAUUUUGAUGACGAGGGCUUUUAUCAUUUCUCAGAAUUCAAAGAUCAAUGCUUCGGUCGUGAUUUUUGCGUCGUUUCAACAUUCACAAACAUUUCGGAUACAUUACGCAAUAUCAGACUCAACAGCCACCGUCAUCCAAUGAAAUUCUUCUAUGGAGCCUCAGAUUUCCCAAUUAAAGCCAUGGAAGCUGGCAAAUUCUACAUCUGGAAGCCACGUGGUCAUGGCCUCAUCACUGUAAAUUACUUGGAAGAGCUUUCUCCGGCUAUUGAUAGGGUUCUUGAUGGUGGAGCCCAUUUUAAGAGACUGAAGGAUGAUGAAUUGUAA